UGGGAGGCCCCGGGAACAGCCCUUGCCGGGCGGUUCCAGGUGGCUGCUUGCAGAGUUAGCACCGCAUCAGUAUGAGCUGGUCACCUUCCCUGCCAACCCAGACAUGUGGGGCCUGGGAAAUGAAAGAACGACUUGGGACAGGGGGAUUUGGAAACGUCAUCCGAUGGCACAAUCAGGAAACAGGUGAGCAGAUCGCCAUCAAGCAGUGCCGGCAGGAGCUCAGCCCCCGGAAUCGAGAGCGGUGGUGCCUGGAGAUCCAGAUCAUGAGAAGGCUCAACCACCCCAAUGUGGUGGCUGCCCGGGAUGUCCCCGAGGGGAUGCAGAAUUUGGCUCCCAAUGACUUGCCCCUGCUGGCCAUGGAGUACUGCCAAGGAGGAGAUCUCCGAAAGUACCUGAACCAGUUUGAGAACUGCUGUGGCCUACGGGAAGGAGCCAUCCUCACCUUGCUGAGUGACAUUGCCUCUGCGCUUAGAUACCUUCAUGAAAACAGAAUCAUCCAUCGGGACCUAAAGCCAGAAAACAUCGUCCUGCAGCAAGGAGAGCAAAGAUUAAUACACAAAAUUAUUGACCUAGGAUAUGCCAAGGAACUGGACCAGGGCAGUCUCUGUACUUCCUUUGUGGGGACCCUGCAGUACCUGGCCCCGGAACUGCUGGAGCAGCAGAAGUACACGGUGACUGUCGACUACUGGAGCUUUGGUACCUUGGCUUUCGAGUGCAUCACGGGCUUCCGGCCUUUUCUCCCCAACUGGCAGCCUGUGCAGUGGCAUUCCAAAGUCCGGCAGAAGAGUGAGAUGGACAUCGUCGUUUUUGAAGACUUGAAUGGAGCGGUGAAGUUUUCGAGCUCUUUACCCUACCCCAAUAAUCUUAACAGCAUCCUGUUGCAGCGACUGGAGAAGUGGCUGCAGCUGAUGCUAAUGUGGCACCCCCGGCAAAGGGGCACUGACCCCGUGUAUGGGCCCAAUGGCUGCUUCAAGGCCCUGGAUGACAUCUUAAACUUAAAGCUGGUUCAUAUCUUGAACAUGGUCACAGGCACCAUUCACACCUAUCCAGUGUCAGAAGACGAGAGUCUGCAGAGCUUAAAGGCCAGAAUUCGGCAGGACACAGAAAUCCCUGAGGAGGACCAGGAGCUGCUGCAAGAAGCGGGUCUGGCAUUGCUCUCCGACAAGCCUGCCACUCAGUGUAUUUCAGACGGGAAGCUCGAGGGCCGCACAUUGGACAUGGAUCUCGUUUUCCUCUUUGACAACAGUAAAGUCACCUAUGAGACGCAGAUCUCCCCACGGCCCCAACCUGAAAGUGUCAGCUGUAUCCUUCAAGAGCCCAAGAGGAGCCUGCCUUUCUUCCAGCUGCGGAAAGUGUGGGGCCAGGUCUGGCACAGCAUCCAAACCCUGAAGGAGGACUGUAACCGGCUGCAGCAGGGACAGCGAGCUGCCAUGAUGAAUCUCCUCCGGAAUAACAGCUGCCUCUCCAAGAUGAAGAAUUCCAUGGCCUCCAUGUCUCAGCAGCUCAAGGCCAAGUUGGAUUUCUUUAAGACCAGCAUCCAGAUUGACCUGGAGAAGUAUAGUGAGCAAACUGAGUUUGGGAUCACAUCAGAUAAACUGCUGCUGGCCUGGAGGGAAAUGGAACAGGCUGUGGAGCUCUGUGGGCGGGAGAACGAAGUGAAACAUCUGGUAGAACGGAUGAUGGCACUGCAGACGGAUAUCGUGGACUUGCAGAGGAGCCCAAUGGGUCGGAAGCAGGGGGGGACGCUGGACGACCUAGAAGAGCAAGCGAGGGAGCUUUACAGGAGACUCAGGGAAAAACCUAGAGACCAGCGAACUGAGGGUGACAGCCAGGAAAUGGUGCGACUGCUACUUCAGGCAAUCCAAGCCUUUGAGAAGAAAGUGCGAGUGAUUUAUACACAGCUCAGUAAAACUGUGGUUUGCAAGCAGAAGGCUCUGGAAUUGUUGCCCAAGGUGGAAGAAGUGGUGAGUUUAAUGAAUGAGGAUGAGAAGACUGUUGUUCGGCUUCAGGAAAAGCGACAGAAGGAGCUCUGGAAUCUCCUGAAGAUCGCUUGUAGCAAGGUCCGUGGUCCUGUUAGUGGAAGCCCAGAUAGCAUGAAUGCUUCUCGCCUUAGUCACUCCGGCCAGCUGAUGUCUCAGCCUCUCACUGCCCCCGACAGCUUACCUGAGUUAGUCAACAAAAGUGAAGAACUGGUGGCCGAAGCACACAAUCUCUGCACCCAGCUAGAAAGUGCAAUGCAAGACACCAUGAAAGAACAGGACCAGAGUUUACGGUCUUUAGACUGGAGCUGGUUACAGACGGAGGAAGAAGAGCAGAAUAGCUUGGAGCAGGCCGCCUGACUGUGUGGGUGGCCUUGACCACCUGAUGGGGCUGCCUGGCCCGAGGCUCUCCCAGGUAUGUGCCCUGCGAUACUGACGUCCCAGCAGUCUUUGGCACCCAGGUGGAGAUCUCACUUCCCCAACCGUUGUGGCAUUGACCGUGGACCAAGGGUGUGGCCCUUUGUGGG